AUGGAGUCUCAUUGUUUUCCUGAGGGUCUUGGGAUUCUGGUUGUGGAUCAUGAUCAUGAUCCUCAAGGGUUGGACUCUCUUCGCAAGAUGCUUCUCAAGUGCAAAUACAAAGCAACUAUAUGUAAUUCAGCACAAGAGGCACUUCAUCUGCUCGACACACGAGAAGAAAAAUUCGACCUAGUACUCGGUGAUGUCGAUUUGCCAGACAUGGAUGGUUUCGAGUUUCUCCAACAAGUAGUCCAUAAAACGGACAUUCCAGUUAUAAUGAUGUCUGAUGACGGAGAGACGAGCAAGGUGAUGAAAGGGGUUCAGCACGGUGCCUGCCACUGUCUCCUCAAGCCCAUAAGGCUCAAGGAGAUCAGCAACAUAUGGCAGCAUGUGUUUCGGAAGAGAAUGCACCAACAAGAUGAUAAUUCUAAUAUUCAUGUUGGCAACAAAAGAAAACAUGCUAAUAUGAUCAAUAUUGCUGGUGUUGGUGCUGAUCCUGCACAUCCUGAUCCUGAUCCCGAUCCCACCCCUCUCAACAAGAAACCUAGGGUGGUUUGGACCCCUGAACUUCACCUGAAGUUCGUCAAUGCUGUCCAUUGCAUCGGAGGAUUAGAGAAAGCUGGUCCCAAGAAAAUACUUGACUUAAUGGGAGAGCCGUGGUUAACAAGAGAUAAUGUUGCUAGCCACUUGCAGAAGUAUAGGAUUUUUGUGAGCAGGCAAAAGAAAGAAGAUGAGCUCAAAGCUUCCUAUAAUGGAAUGAAUCUCUCAGGUUCACACCAGAACAUUGUCAUAAACCACAACCAGAGCAACACCAUCACCGGUUCCUUGCCAAUGGUGGCCAAUCAUCGGGACACCAACAUUUGUACAACUCCAAUGGAGUACAUUGAUCAUCCAAUGGUGACCGAUCAGCGAUGGGAGUACAUUGAUCAACCAAUGGUGGCCGAUCAGCGAUGGGAGUACAUUGAUCAACCAAUGGUGGCCGAUCAGCGAUGGGAGUACAUUGAUCAACCAAUGGUGGUCGAUCAGCGAUGGAAGUACAGUAAUCAGGCAAUGGAGAACGGGGUUUCCAAUCAUGGAAUAAAGUUUAGUGAUGAGCCAAUGGUUCCCAAUCAGGGAAUAAAGUUUAGUGAUGAGCCAAUCGAGUACAUUGAGCAUCCAAUGGUUACUCGAAGCCAACUACAACUGGAGCAUCGAAGCCAACUACAACUGGAGCAUCGAUACUCAAUACCCCACUCUCCGAGGAUGGAAGCAACAGACAAAAAUCCGUGCAGCAAUAGCUUAAGCAUCAGCUAUGCCGUUGGAACUGAUCAUGCAAACGCAUACCAACAACAGAAACUUUGUGGUAAAUUAGACUUUUUUAAGAAUUUGUAA